AGCUGAUCGAGGCUCAAGAUGGAGGCGGCGGAGCUGUGGUGAGGCGGGCGCGCGAGCUGGAUUAUUGUGGAUUUGUGCCGUAGUGCGGGCUAUACUCCACUAUGUUAUGGAUGGAUCAGCUCUAGCGGGAGUGGAUAGCAUGGUCAGUAUGAGGGGCGAAGGCAUGGUGUCGGGGCAGAGCAAUGGCGUUCCCGGGAGUGACGGAGGGAGCGUGAGUGAGUCUUCGUCGGCCACAGCCAUCAGCGGGGGAACGAAUGGGAAUAAUCAGGUGGAGUGCCAUAAUGGUGGAGCGACGAGGAACGGGGAGUCGCAGUGGAGUCUUGUGGCCAGCGACGGCUCCAAGAUGAACAAAAUCCAAGAGAUCGUCGAGAAUCAUACAAGCAUGCCGAGCAAGUGUCACGUGGAAAACCUGGUGCAGCAGGUGGGACAGCUGUCGGAUGUAGAGAAGUUCCUGUUGUACCUCAAACUUCCUGUGGGACGCUCUCCAGACACCGACCCUUUGAAGCAACCAUUGAAUCCUCUUGGGAGUCGCUGUGAAAUUCAGCUCACAAUAACAUGGAUAAAGACUCACCUGGAGAUGAACAGCGAGGUGUCUCUGCCGAAGCGGGAAGUCUAUAAUGAGUACAUGCAUUACUGCAACCUCAAUAACAUCAAGGCUCUAAGCACAGCAGAUUUUGGCAAGGUGAUGAAACAAGUAUUUCCUGGAGUGAGACCACGGAGGCUUGGCCAACGAGGGGCCUCCAAGUACUGUUACUCUGGCCUACGCAAGAAAUGGGCCCUUGACCCACCCUCUUUGCCAGAUCUUAAUGACAACAUGACAAAGAAGAAUGUGCUUGGCAUGGAUUGUGUGGUUGAUGAGGGUGAGGUGGACAGAGCAGCAAAUUGUCUAGUGUUGGAAUGGGCGGAAAAACUAUGGUCUGUUAAAUUUGAAAGCAUUCGUGACUUGGCUCUUCAUCUGGUUAACAAAAACUAUGUGGACAACAGGUCGAUGGCAGCAUUCACCCUGCUGUCAGUUGCAGACCAAAAUCAAGGCAUGUUGGUGAGUGGAGGGACAGGAGGUGGAAAGCACAGAGAGACUCAGCUGCAACUUCAACGAAAGUUGCAGGAACGGGAGCACAUCAGAGAGCAGAAGAGGAAACUGCAGGAGCAGCAGCCAGCCAUCAACAAGGCAAAUGAGCGGCCAAAAUCUCGGAGGAGGAGUGGGGCAUCGCGCAAUCCUUCUGGUGAGACUGUAACCAAUGGCACCUCUGCUGUGUCAUCAAAGUCCAAUUCCCAUCACCCCCCAGCAGCCGCUGUCACUACCACCAUUACUGCCACUACGAACACCACUAAUGGCAACUGUGAUAGCCUCCUGUCUGAGCUUCCUAAUGGUGCUACCGGAGAUAUUGCAGGCAGUGAUGGUAACAAUAUUGUCAGCAUAACUAAUAUCAAGCAGGAAGAGAGUCUAGAGUUUCUGGACUCACUUACAGAUGACAAGCUCCUAGAUGCCAAGGUGGUUAUAGAUGGUAAGAAUGGAAACUUUCACAGUAACAUCAUCACGAAUGUGGGCCAUACGCAGCAACCGCUCAGAAGAAAUUGCAAUACAAAUAACAAUUGUGAAGUCAAGGUUCCCUGUAACAAAGUACCAAACCCAAAAUCUAACCCUGCCAAGAAACCGUUCCUUAUUAUGCAGUCCAGCACUCCCAAGACCACAUCACCCAAGUCCAGGUUCAAAGCCAUCCAGCCCAAGGUUACUGACAGCAUGCAAGGGACAUUACCUGUGGGAUCUCAGUGGUCAGACAUCUUAGGAGGCACAGAGGACAUCACACACCCCAAAACUGAAGUCCUUUUGCCGGUAAAUUAUGGCGGCCAGUUGAUGGUUGAGUCUGGAAUUCAGCAAGUGACUCAGCGUGAACAGCAACAACAGCACCAGCACCACCAACAACAACAACAACAACAACAACACCAACAACAACAACAACAACAACAACAACAGCACCAACAACAACAACAACAACAACAACAACAACAAGUUCAGCAAAGACAAAAUCUGACCAAUAAUAACUGUACUAACAGUCAUGAGGCGGAAGAAGAAUUAAUUCAGUACUUCCACAAAAAUGCUGAUAUGGAUGAUGCUCAGAAGUCAAGUCAGCUGUCAGAAUUGCGGAAAUUGCUUCAGAGAAACCUACCAGGGGGUCAAGCUCAGGGGGGAGUGGGGGUCAGUGCUCAUCCACUAAUGACUGAUACAGACAUUGAUCAGGAUGUGCAGGGAACAGGAGGAAUGAGAAGAAGAGUCAGUUUCCAACCAUCACUGGAUGGAGGAGACAACUUGAAUCCUCUUAUGGGAGGACAGACUGUGGGGUCAGUGCCACCAAGUCCCAAUACACGCAGAACUCAGUUUAAUUUUACACCAAUAGGUAGUAAUCUGGACCAAACACAAGGUAUGUCUCAGUGCUCUAGUGCAAAUGCUAGCCCUUUUAUGUCUCCACGGAAUACCCCAUUACCUAGAUCGAGACACAACUCUGGUCAAACCAAUUCAACAUAUGUAACACCUCGUAGUACACCAUUUACACCAGACCAACCAAACCAUCCAGUUGCGUCUGAAUGCAGCACACCAUUCAUGUCACCAAUAACAACACCCUUGUUUCCAAGGUCACGCCACAAUUCAAAUCAGAAUCAUCGCAGUCCGUACACCCCUAACUGCCGCUCCCGGCACUCCUCUGGUGCCCCUACUUUUAGACAUGCACCAUACACCCCAGACGACAUGUCUAGUCGGCGUGGAGGGAAGUUCCGUUCAAGACAUUCAUCAGGAAGUGUUCCACCAUCUCCCUCCUCUGCUCCCCUCUCACCUCUGGUGCAAGAUGGUUCAGUUCACCCCUCUCAAGACUCAAGCAUACAACUUCCUUCAGCCUCCAUGUUACAUCAUAUGCUCAAGAAUAAACAAACUGUAAGUGGGUACAGUGACUUGCGCCGUCGGCACAUGUCAGCAGGGCCAACUAUCCAUUAUCAGCCUCAGCCUCCUGCCUUCUCUAUUGAUCCAUUAUCCCAAGAGGUAUCCAAUGUAAUGACAAACUCCCAACCUGGACCAAGCAAUACUCUGCCAGGUAAUCUAAAUAGACCCCAAUCAGUUCCACCUUUACAGAUGCUCAAUAUGCCAUCCUGUACUCAAGAAUCUUUUGCCAAAUCGCAUCCCAACACACCUGUUGUUAAUCAGCAGUUUGUGUUCACUGAGAGUUGUGUGUCUCAACCUUCCUCUUAUGCACCUACUCCUGUACCCAGUGAAUGCAAUGACUUUACUGAUAGUUAUAAUUUAGAGAUUGACCCAAUGCUGGAUGUCAAUUUGUCAGGUGAUGCAGGAGGGACUGUUGGGCUGGAUUCCAUGGAUUCUUUGACUCUGACUAAUAGCCAUACAACAGACCUGUCAACACUUUCAGACCCUCUUCAAGUUCCUCCUAACAUGGACCCUUUUUCUGUAAGCUAUUCUUCAGAAACUGGGGAUAUGAGAUCUAUGGAAGAGCAAAUAGGAGUAAGUGAAGUGACUCUCAGUAGUAGUUGUUGUAUGGAUAACACACAAGGACAGCAAGUUGAUAGUGCUGGUGGUGGUGGUGGACAGGGACCAUUAAUCAGUACGGCCUCCAUGCUCACGCUCAAUGCUCUAAACCGCUCACUGGAAAAUCCUGGUAGUGGGCUGGAGGAGGACUUCCGGCCAACCUUGCCGGAUCUGGGUGAUCAGGAAGUGUUCAAUUCUUUGGUGCUGGAUGUGAAUAAAGACUGACAUCAGCCUGCCACCUGGGCAAAAUAUUUGACAUAAUUUUGUCAGCUGCUGAGGGGGCACCCAUAGUCAUGGAAACUUUAAAACACAUGUUUUAAAGAUGUGAAAUUUGGGUAUCCUGGUUGAUGUUUACCUCUUCAACACAGACACAGUGCUGAAGCACUAGCACAGAUAUGGCUGAUUUGUAUACAUAGGAGCAUAGGAGCAAGUAUACAUAUGUACAUUUUGAGUCCAGUUUUGGUAUACUGGAGUCAAGCUUAAAUAUUUCCUAUGUAUACUUGACUUUGGCUUAAGAUAUAUCUUGUUUGCUUAAGCACAGCUUAAGGUAUGCCUUUGCAUAUUAAAGUCCGUCUGGAGGUACAUUGCCUGUUGGAAUCCAUCUUUAGGUAUACUGCUAUAUGCUGAAUCUUAUAUUGUGUAUACGGAGGUCCAGUUUAAGGUGUACCUGUAUAUGUGAAUCAUAAGGUUCUCUGGACUGCCAGAGUCUGGCUUUUUAGCUUUGAUUUUACCAGUUUCCUGCAACUGCCGGGUAUGUGAUUCAGGAAAUAUUGGUGUUAACUUUUGUACUUUUUCUCUCUUUUUAUCCUGAGCUACUAGUCCCAACUAGUAGGUUGUCAGAGAGAAUCAACUCUCAGACAAAUGUGAUCUCAACAAAGGAACUUCUAUAUUUUAGCUCCCAUAAUUAGAAUAAGAGAAAAUAAUUAUUCUAUCAAGCUCAUUGCAGCAACAGUGAGUAGUUGGGUUACCGAAUGGCACUGGGAAAAGAUUGUUACAAGAUGUGCGCACAUCUGGCUCAUCUCUCUGAGGUUAGAGCAUCACAGUUUGUUGUUUUCUUUGUCAAGAGCUGCAUGUGGCUGUGAAUAUACCCUUACAGCCAUUGUGUCUAUGUCUAGUGUGGCAUACUUCUUGUUGGUCUUAAUUUUUCUUCAUAUUGCAAAUUGGUAAUAUUCAAGAUUUUAACAUUCAUCUUCUUUUUUUCAUUUCCUUUUUUUUGUAAACAUGUAAGUUUAUAUAUUUUUGGGCUUAACUGUGUUGCUUUAGUGAAUUUAUUAAAAAAUAAAUAUUAAUCACAUAAUUGCACUUGGUUCCUUUUCAAAGGAUGUUACAUUUCAAGUUAAAUUGAAACUAACUUGCUGCUUUUCAUCUGAGUAGCAGGUGUUGGCAACAUCCAUACUUCUUAUGGAUAUGUUGAGCAUUCUGAUGAGAAGUUGUGGCAUCAAAGUCAAGCUCUAAAAGACUUACAGAGGUUGGUAGUGAUUGAGGAUUAGGUUUUGCAUGCUAGUUUGGCAGGUCAGAACCUUAGUUGAAUGUGCCCAACUGCUAAGUUUCGUUAAUUUACUUUAAUUUACUUGUUCCAAGUAUGGUUUAACUUCCAGGUCUUUGCAGCUACACAGCAGCAUAAGUCUUGUUGUAACUUGAGACUUGGAUAUCUUUUUACAAAUCUUCAGCAUUGUGUUAAAAUGCUGCAGAAAUUGUGGACACAUUGUGUACCUUGUAUAUAUGUAUUAAGAUGUGUAAUAUAAGUAGUUUUGACUCUUGGAUGUUUGUGGAUUUUAGCAGAGGUAGAAUAAGGCAUUCAGUGUUUACUUUUUCACUGUCAUGACAAAGCAUUGACAUUAGUUCUUAUAUACACAACCAUUGGUUAGGAAGCAGCGACCGUGUCAGCUGUGGUGUGUGGGAGGGUCAUCAACACAUAGGUUUAAGUAAGCCAGCAGCAAUGAUGGUGUGCUAUAAGAGAGUAUGCUCAACAAUAUAUUAACUAGAUUUUAUUGUAAAUUAUACGGGGUUCUUAACACUCCAUAAUGUAUCUGUGAUAACAAAGAAAAAGAAAAAAAAAACAUACAAAAAGUUUAAUAUUUUAAAAGUCUACAGCAAAAAGAUUAAUUUGUAGUUUUCACUUUUUUUGAGUUACUGCAAAGGUUAUUUUAGUAGGUAGGUAUAUCUAUAUAUUUUUACCCCACCAACUUACUUUAAAUCCAUGUGUAAUUUUGUGAUCUCGACCAUUGAUGUCAGGGAGUAGUUUGUGGUGUCAACUUAGAAAAAACAAUCCAGGAGUAGUGUGCAGAAUUGUUUUGGAUGUGACCAUCAAACGCAGUGCAUUUACCAUGUUUGGUGUGUACCCAGGCGUGUAAGUGAAGGGAGUAGAACAGUCAUUAAAUAGCAGAUGCUGGAAUUAAGGCAUUGGAAGAGAAAGCUAAGAAUUAUAGAUACACAAGUCACUUUGAUUUCUAGUAAGUGCAAGGGUUGUAAAACAAGUGAAGAUCAGACAAAAUUAAAAUCUUGGGUUCUAUAAAAGUAAAGAAAGGGAAGGCAGACAUGUAAUGCUUGGAUUAUCAUUAUAUUUUUUUACCAUCUGUUAAUACUUGUUGCUGUCUUCAUAUCAUCCAUGUUUAUUGUCCUUAAGCAUCUGUCUUCAAACAUUUAGUUAGGUGUAUAGUUUUAUCAGGUGACUUAUUUUUUAUUGUUAUUAUAAUUUCUUUUUGUGAAAUUUGUUUGUAUUUUAAGCAUGCAAAAUUCACAAAUUUUGAGUUGAUUUUUUAUUUUUAGGAAACUGAUUGUUUUUUGUAGAAAUUGCCCGAGCAGUUUUUGUCUGAAAGUGAACAAUAAGUGAUGCAUUCAGUUCCCCUCCCUCAGCCACCUCCAUCAUCACCAAAAUUCUGGGUUUACUUGCACUUUACUUCACUUGUUCCUGGGUUCCUGACACAGUUUUAAAGAUUUCUAGCUUUGUACUCAUUUUGAAAAAGUACAAUAUCUUUAUCAUAAAAAAAGCCACUGAGUUUAUUGAUAAGAUUAUAUUUCUGAUUAUUGGAUGAGAUAUUGUACUUUCACAAUAAGAGGGAAGGUAAGCUGGUGAUCUGCUGCCAUAGUUGAGACUGAGUAUCCAACACUGUGUGGAUUGUCAGAAGAGCCCUGUGCUUGGCUCUUUGUAAGCCAUACCUUAUGGACUUCAGGAGUCUUGUGUGUUCAAAGAAGCAAAUGUACAUAUUUGCAUUUGAAGAUUUCACAAGGAUUUUGUACUGUUGUAGUAUGAUAGUUGUACUAAGGUCUAACAUUUACUUUUUAUUUCUGUCACUUAGGAAUUCCUUUCCUCAGACUUCUAUUGUUGAGUGACAGUUAAACCCGGUGUUAUAUUUUGUUGUUUGUAAUAUAGAUAAAAUAAUUUUUUCCAGUUAUCAGUAAGGUUUUAUUCAUUGCAAUGUGUUGCUUUGACAGAUCCAAGAGCUUUUGUAUGUAUGCUGCUACAGCUCCGUGGCUAUGAAGGAUAUAGGAAUGUGUAGUUCAGUGUGUAGUUACAAGUUGUAGCUUAUCGGUAAAAACAUCGACUCUGUUGAGAAAGCAAAUAUUGUUUAUUUUGUCUUGUGAUUAUAACAUUUGUGAAGGACAGAAUGUCAACUUAUAUUUAUAACCUGUAACUUUAGGUUGCAGCAGACAUACAGCUAGGUUUCAAGGGGGAUCAAUAAACAAAUUCUGUCUCCUGAUUUUAAAAAGACUCCAGUUUAAUUGCAACUGCCAUUUUCUGUUUCAGAAACAGAAUUACCACUUAGGCCUAA